AUGUCACCACACGUGGACCUCUCUUACCACAAACGCGUGUGGUGGAAGGAAGCAACAUUUUAUCAAAUCUACCCGGCAUCUUUCAAGGACAGUGAUGGCGAUGGUUGGGGAGAUAUCCCGGGUAUCCUUGAGAAGACCAGCUACAUCGCGUCCCUUGGUGUAGAUGUGGUAUGGCUUUCGCCCAUGUUCGACUCACCGCAGAUUGAUAUGGGCUACGAUGUUUCCGACUAUGAAGGCGUUUAUGCACCGUACGGCACUGUCAAGGAUGUAGAGAAACUCAUCAAAGCCUGCCACGAUAACGAUAUGAAGAUCAUCCUCGACCUAGUUGUAAACCAUACGAGUGAUCAGCACCAUUGGUUCCAGGAAAGCAGGAGUUCCAGAGAUAAUCCGAAAAGAGACUGGUACUUCUGGCAGCCAGCACGCUACAACGAACAAGGCAACCGCAUGCCGCCCACCAACUAUCGCUCAUAUUUCGCCGGUGGAACCUGGACUUGGGAUGAGCACACAAAAGAGUACUACCUCCAUCUCUAUGACAAGUCCCAGCCAGACCUAAACUGGGAAAACGAAGACUGCCGGCAGGCGAUAUACGACUCAGCAAUGCGCUUCUGGCUCGACAAAGGCAUCGACGGCUUCCGCGUAGACACCGUAAACAAGUAUUCCAAAGUCCUCCCUUUCGCAGACGCGCCCAUCACCGACCCAACCAGCUCCAUCCAACCCGCCGCACAAAUGUGGUGCAACGGACCCCGGAUCCACGAGUUCAUCAAAGAAAUGAAUCAUACCGUCCUCUCCCACUACCGCACCUACGACAACCAACCCCUCGUAACAGUCGGCGAACUCUCCUUAUGUCCCGACCCCUCCUCUGUUCUCCCCUACAUCAGCGCCGCACAAAAGGAACUAGACAUGGUUUUCCAAUUCGACAUCACGCACCUCGGGCAAGGCCCACCAGGCUCUGACAACAAGUACGACUACGCUACUUGGACACUACCAGGAAUGAAGCGCAUAGUAGAGAAAUGGCAAUGUUUCAUCGAGGGUACAGAUGCAUGGACAACCGUCUUCAACGAAAAUCACGACAACGGCCGCAGUAUCUCCCGCUUCGCCAACGACGCACCCGAAUGGCGAGUCGCCAGCGGCAAACUACUCGCUUUGUGGCUAAUCGGUCAAUCGGGCAGUUUGUUCCUGUUCCAAGGCCAGGAAAUCGGUAUGAUCAACGCGCCGUCAUCCUGGGAUAUAAAAACAGAGUACAAAGACGUCGAGAGCCAGAAUUACUGGGCCGAAGCUGUGCGUUUAGCGGAGAACGGGACGGAUCCUACGCGUAAAGAAAGGAUAAAGAGGGGUUUACAGCGCAUGGCUAGGGAUCAUGCGCGGUUGCCUUUUCAAUGGGAUGACAGUACCAACAGUGGAUUUUCGACGGGAAAGCCAUGGAUGAGGGUGCAUGACGAGUAUGGUAGUAUCAAUGCGGCGGUGCAGGAGAAGGAUGAGGGGAGUGUGCUUUCGUUUUAUAAGCAAGUACUCCGCUUGCGGAAAGAGCAUAGAGAUGUUUUCGUGUAUGGCUCGUUUGAGCUGGUGGAUCCGGAGGGCAAGGAGCUGUUUAUCUAUCGGAAGAGGUGUGAGGGGAAAAUGGCGCUUGUUGUGUUGAACUUCACGACCGAGGAACGGGCGAUCGUCUGUGAUGUUGAGGGGUUGAAGCUGCUUGUGAGUUCGUAUGGGAAGGCGAUGGGACAAAUGCUGCGGCCGCUGGAAGGAAGAAUUUACAUCGACUAUUGA